AUGGGCGAGAAGGAUCUGCCGUCUGUCCCCCAUAUGGCGCCGCCGGACCCCCACAUGGGCCAGGCGAUGCACGGCACAGCCUGGGCAUUCCAACGCUAUAGCCCUGCAGACACCUUGUACGAUGGGGUGCAUUUGCCUCCCGCGCCGGUCCCGUACGAUGAAUUUACAAUCCCGCAAGAUGCAAUUCCCUCGCUGGAUGACCUGCUCGCAAGCAGCGCUUUACCUAAUACUGAAGCAUUCAACCUUAAUUUGGGAACGCCUUCGCAUGACGCAGGCCGUGAAGGGCUUGAUCUUGUGUCCCCAAGUGUACGGCGGGACGAGCCCGGAAAUGUACACCACCGCACCCUUUUUAACGAGAAUGAAUACACAUUUCUAGACCAGUUUUUGCAAUCGCUGGAGAGUGAUCUGGCGCCUACUUCGAUGGACCAGCCCGACAAGCAAGAGCACACGCAGCUACUACCGCCUUUCCAGCCAAUCCCCCCGGCAAAAGAGCCCGAGAUAAAACACGACAUCUCGGACGACGACGAAGAAAGCAAUUUAGCCGGAGCAACCGUCAAGCGCCGACGGCAUAUUGUCUCUGAGCAGCGACGGCGAAACCAAGUCCGUGAAAGCUUUACACGGCUCUCUUCUCUGUUGGAGCAGAGCAGGGCGUUUGGGGCACGCGCUUUGGGCCUUAAUGCUGGCGCCGGUACGAGCGUCGAGGACGAGGAUUUGGACGACCGCACCGACACGGAGGAGGUGCUGUCGCUAUACUGUGACGAGGAAGAGACCCAGCGGCGGCGGCGCAAUGCACAACGCCGCGCUCGCUCCCGCACAAAUGCAGACCGGCAAGGGCGCGGCCGAGGAAAAGGACGCGGGCGCGGCGGGAGUGCUGGCGGCGCGGGAAGCAAAAGUGCUGUGCUUUUUCAGGUGAUUGAUUUGCUAUACUGGCUCGACGUGCAAAAUACCACGCUGCGCCGCGAUAUCGCAGUGCUCGAGCAAGCCGCGGCACGUCCUUAA